CUUACUGCGUACACUCGUAGUUUUGACAGUCUCUUUGGAAUGUAUUCAUGCUGCGAGGAUACUAGGGAUGUUGCCCAUGUGGGCGAAGAGUCACCACAACUUCCUGCGGCCCGUCAUGAAGGCUCUAGCAGCUGCUGGGCAUGAGGUGGUCAACUACACACCCUUCCCCCUGGACAAACCCCCUCCCAACUACACCGAUAUCUUCCUGGAGAACAUCAAGCCUGAUUGCAAGGAAUUGGCAGACUACUUCAUAGAGAUCACUGACUUUCCGGAGUGGAAAUGUGUCGACUUGUAUUGGCCACUGCAUCUGUUAACGUACCCAUGGUUCAUAGAGGAUCCAAAGGUCCAGGAGCUGCUCACCGGGAAAGACAAAUUUGACUUAAUAUUCAUCGAGGGGACAACAGUACAUGAGCACACUCUCGUAAUGGGGAGAAUAUUCAACGCUCCAAUCAUAUCGCUCCAAACGUUUGCCCUGAACAAUUUUCUCAACAGUCAUGCUGGAAAUGACUAUCAGCUCUCUUACAUACCGGAUACUUGCCUUUCCUUAUCGAACAGGAUGAGUUUUCAAGACAGACUUUUCAAUGCGUUUACGAGUAUCAGAGGGUUGUACCACUACCACAACUCUCAACUUAGGUCGCUGGAGGCGAUGAUGAAGAAGGCAUUUCCAGAUCUCCCACCAAUCGCUGAGAUGGCAAGGAAUAUAUCGUUACACUUCGUCAAUGACCACGUCACUGCUGACUACGCCCAGCCACGGCCACCCAAUGUUAUCGGUGUUGGAGGCAUACACAUAGAGCCUAAUAAACCUCUGCCAAACGAAAUAAAAAAGUUCAUGGAUGAAGCACCAGCCGGUGUUAUAUUUUUCAGCCUGGGCACCUAUGUCAACGAUGAUAUAAAACCAAAAGAAUACUUUGAUAUGUACAUCAAUGUAUUCAAGCGAUUUAAAGAAAGGGUAAUCUGGAAGACGAGAAAGGGAGAUAUUGAAGGUCUUCCGCCAAACGUGUUAACUUUAAAGUGAGCACCUCAACCCGAUAUUUUAGCCCACCCUAACUGUGUGCUGUUCAUCACUCACGGGGGUCAAUUCAGCACACUUGAGGCAGUUCACUUCGGCGUUCCUGUCAUCGG